AUGACAGUGAGAUUAUUAAGCAUGAGCUUCACUGUGCUCUUUUUGAGCUCCUGUGUGCCCCCAGGGGCAGCUCAGAUUUCUUGCAGAAAUGAAGAUGGUGACGCUGUAGAUUGGUUUGUGUUUUACAAGCUACCACAGAACAGAAAACAGAAAAGUGAAAGAAGUAGGUUAGAGUACAUGUACCUGGAUGCUACCAUGAAAAGCUGGCGGAGAAGCAAGAGUCUAAUCAAUAUGACCCAGAGUGUCUUAGGAAGAACAUUAGAGCAGCUUUAUGAAGCAUGGGAAGCCAAGAACAAUAGUACUGCCUACCUGAUAUAUAAUGACAAAGUCCCUCACUCUAUGGAUUACAGCUGGAAGCAAGGGCAUGCAAAAGGUUUCUUGCUUUGGGAUAAAUCACAGGGAUUCUGGCUGAUUCACUCAAUUCCCCAGUUUCCUCCUUAUCCUGAAGAAGGCUAUAGCUAUCCAUCUACUGGGGAAAGAUAUGGACAAACUGGUAUCUGCAUAACUUACAACUACAGCCAAUUUGUAGAAAUAGAUUCUCAGCUGUUAAGUUGCAUUCCGAAUGUCUAUAGCUGCUUUAUACCUGCCAUCUUUCACCCAGAACUCACCUAUCUACCCAAAAUGUGUGCCCGCUCCCAGCUUCCCAGGAUUCCUCACCGACGCCUUUCCAGACUACGGUCCAUCCAAGGCCAAAAUUUCUUCCACUUUGCAAAAUCACCUUAUUUUGUGGAUGAUAUCUUUGUGUCUUGGAUGGCUCAACAGUUGCAGACCAAUUUGCUUGUAGAAACUUGGCAACCUAAGCUUCCAUCAAAUUGUUCUCUUUCAUACCAUGUCUAUAAUAUCAAGAAAAUUAGAAUUCCAGGACUGUCUCCUUUUAGCUCCUACUAUGAUCAUGCCAAAUGGUGUGUUUCCCAAAGAUACUACAGGAAACACUGGACAUGCAUUGGAGAUCUGAACCGCAGUCCAUUCCAGACUAGAAGAGGAGGAGGAUUCCUUUGUACUCAAAAUGAGCACAUCUAUCUUGCAUUCCGAAGUUUGGUACUGCACUAUCAGAACUGCAAUCAGUCUUAA